CCAUUCUCACUUUCCUCUCUUCCUCAUCUUUCCCUCCUGCCAAACAACAUCAAGUAAAAAAAAAAAAUUUAUUGGGUUCGACUAGGUACCCUAGAUUGGAACCCGGUUAGAAACAAGAGUCGGGUCUUGAGUUGCAACUGCAAAUCCAGCAAUUCAUCUUCUGGUCUUCUGUUACAUUCCCACUUACACAGAUCUGCACUUUCUUACGAUAAUCUGAGCAGAGGAUCAAAAUUCAUAAAAAUCUCUCAAGAACAGCUUAUAUAUAUAUAUAUGUAUAUAUGUUAUAGAGCAAGUCCAAUCACUAUUUCUUGAUAUUGCAUCAUCACAUUCAUCAUCGUCAUCAUAGCCCUAGAUCACGAAUUGCUGGUCCCUCGAUCUCAGAAAAAUGGUGCUCGUAUCGGCCGUACGAGACUACAUCAAUCGCAUGUUACAGGACAUUUCGGGCAUGAAGGUUCUCAUUCUCGAUUCCCAAACGGUUAGCAUUGUCAGUGUUGUGUAUUCUCAGUUGGAGCUGUUACAAAAAGAAGUAUUUUUGGUCGAAUUGGUAGAUUCCAUUUCCAAGUCAAAGGAACCCAUGUCUCAUCUAAAAGCUGUUUACUUUCUUCGGCCGAUAUCGGAGAAUAUUCAGCAUAUGCGACGUCAGCUGGCCAAUCCAAGAUUCGGAGAGUAUCAUCUUUUUUUAUCCAAUAUGUUAAAGGAUACUCAGCUUCAUAUUUUAGCCGAUUCAGAUGAACAUGAAGUUGUCCAGCAAGUUCAGGAGUUCUUUGCAGAUUUUGUUGCAAAUGACCCUUACCAUUUCAGUUUGAACAUUCAAUCAAACCACAUGUAUAUGCUCCCAGCGGUUGUAGAUCCUUUUAAUUUGCAGCACUUCUGUGAACGAGUUGUUGAUGGUAUUGCAGCAAUUUUCUUGGCAUUAAAACGACGACCUGUUAUUCGAUAUCAGCGGACCUCUGACAUUGCUAAAAGGAUUGCACAGGAGGCAGCGAAACUGAUGUACCAGCAGGAAAGUGGGCUUUUUGAUUUCAGACGAACAGAAAUUUCUCCCUUAUUGCUAGUAAUUGAUAGGAGGGAUGACCCUGUUACUCCAUUGCUGAAUCAGUGGACAUAUCAGGCUAUGGUUCAUGAGUUGAUUGGUAUUCAAGACAAUAAAGUUGACUUGAGAAAUAUCAACAAGGGUUCGAAGGAUCAGCAGGAGGUUGUGCUUUCAUCAGAACAAGAUGCCUUUUUUAAAGCUAAUAUGUAUGAGAAUUUUGGAGAUAUCGGAAUGAAUAUUAAACUUAUGGUAGAUGACUUUCAGCAAGUUGCAAAAAGUAACCAGAACAUUCAGACCAUAGAAGACAUGGCCAAAUUUGUUGAUAACUACCCGGAAUACAGAAAAAUGCAUGGCAAUGUUUCAAAGCAUGUAACCUUAGUUACAGAAAUGAGCAAGAUAGUUGAAGAGAGAAAACUUAUGGUAGUUUCACAAACAGAACAAGAAUUGGCUUGCAAUGGUGGGCAAGGGGCAGCAUUUGAGGCUGUGACGAGUCUUCUAAACAACGAAAGUGUCUCUGAUAUUGAUCGUCUGCGCCUAGUGAUGUUGUAUGCUUUGCGCUAUGAGAAGGAGAGUCCCGUUCAACUGAUGCAGCUUUUCAACAAGUUGGCUUCUCGGUCUCCUAAGUAUAAGCCUGGGCUUGUGCAAUUCCUAUUGAAGCAAGCAGGUGUCGAUAAGCGUACCGGGGAUCUUUUUGGAAACCGAGAUCUCUUCAAUAUUGCUCGUAAUGUGGCCCGUGGGCUCAAGGGGGUUGAGAAUGUGUACACCCAACACCAGCCUCUUCUCUUCCAAACCAUGGAAAGCAUAACGAAGGGAAGGUUGAGAGAUGUAGAAUACCCAUAUGUUGGGAAUCACUUUCAGCAGGGCAGGCCACAGGAGGUAGUGGUGUUCAUUGUUGGAGGGACGACAUAUGAGGAGUCACGUGCAGUUGCUUUACAAAAUGCCACCAAUUCCGGGGUUCGCUUCAUACUUGGUGGUUCUGCAGUCCUUAAUUCGAAGAGGUUCUUGAAGGACCUUGAAGAAGCGCAGAGGAUUGCUCGAUCCACUGCCAGUGUGGUCUGAAGUUUACGUCUUGCCACACCUAGCAUCUUAGAAAAGGCAUCUGAAAAGUGCUAGCGGCUUUAUAUGGGAUCUGUGUUCCUCCAACAAUGGUAUAUACUCAUUUGACACUGCGUGGGAAUUGAAGUGAGAUCUUCAAUCGGCUCAUAAUAUCGAAUUCCGUUUUUACUUAUUUGCAUAGGAGUAGGGAGGGAACACAGUCUGGGGUGAACGGCUUGAAGACCAACUCCAACUUGGAGGAUUAAUCUUACAUUAGAGUUAGAGAAUAUUGUGAGUUCACUUUCCGGAUAAAAGAAAUAUAUGUUUAACUUGUUAAGGAUCCUUUUUGUCUUCUUUUAUACGUUAUUGUUGUAUGUAUCCUUGUAUAAUAAUGAUUUUUUGAAGGAAAAAAUAAAAAAAGAACUGACACUAGGGGCAAUUAUUGCAUUGGAAACGUUUUGCUGAAGUUUGAACAUUCUGCAGUUUGAUCAGGGUGUUAUCAAUUGCUUAAAAAUGUUUAUGUUGCUCUAGUUCCAUAUUUCUAUAA